CACAAGGGGAUCCGCUGUGAUGUCUGUGGAGUCUAUCCAAUAACCGGUCCUCGUUUCAAAUCCACAAUAGAAGAAAACUAUGACCUCUGCAGCAUUUGCUUCAAUGAAAUUGGUAAUCAGACUGAUUAUAUCAGAAUGGACCAUCCCGUAUCUUCUCGGGAUCCAAGAUGUUCAUAUCAGAAUACUAAAGAAUUUAGGCAUUCAAAGAUCCCACCACAUAUUCUUAAAACAAUGCAAGGCCAAAGUUUCAUUUUGGAUGUCAAUGUCUUGGAUGGUACAAAGAUUUGGCCAAUGCGCAACAAUGGCACUUUAGUGUGGCCCAAGGGAACUCAACUUGUUUGGAUUGGUGGACACAAAUUAAGUGACUUGUUUUCUGUUGACUUAGAGGUUCCUAAGGAUGGUGUACCCAUGGAGAAGGAGCUUGGCAUUGCAGUUGAGUUUAUAGCGCUCCAGUUACCUGGUAGAUACAUAUCAUACUGGAGGAUGGCAUCUCUCUCUGGCUCUCAAGGUCUGAACUUGAAUAUUCCCCUUGGUGUUGGUGGCUAUGAAGGGACUCGGGUUAUAGAUAUCAAUGUUCAACCUAUUGAGGAUGAUUCUUUCCCUCAAAAGGUUGAUAAGGCACCAUGGCAGGAACUGGAAAACGAAUUUCCUACCAAUGAGGCUAUAUUUGUUCAGUGGAACCUUCAUCGAUCUGUUUCUUACCCCAUUAUCGAUUUCUCUGGCACGGCCCCAGCUGUUCCUUCCUAUCAGCAAACCUCAACUAUGGGUGCACUAUCACCAUCUCUAGGGAUGGAUGAAAGUGAUUUGGUAGAAGAGGCCCUCAUCAGAGAGCUUGAGGAGAUGGGUUUUACGCAAGUUGGUCUAAACAAAAUGAUUUUGAGAAUGAAUGAGUACAAUCUGGAGCAGUCAGUAGAGCAUCUAUGUCGUGUUUCUGAGUGGCACCCUAUCCUUGAUUGAUGUUGCUAUUUGUAUUUUGAAAGCAAAAUACAUAAAUUAAUGAGUAGAUCAAAUGCAUGUAUUUAUCUUCAAAAUCAUUCACAUCUUUUUCAUUACAAGCUAGCUAUAUACUGAUAGCUUGUUGGGAAAUGAGGCAUUGUAAUAUCCUUUGAUGUCUU